AUGUUCAAUUUCUCCUUGACCUCUUCCACGAGGGACCACAUCGACCCACGAAGUGUCGUGCUCAGUCCUGCUGACGUAGUGAAGGCAGGAUUCGUGAUGAAGCAAAGCAAGCAUCUACUACAGUGGAAAAGGCGCUGGUUGGUGCUCACCAAAGACCUGCUUUGCAGUUUCUCGACCAAAGAGUGGACUCGUCGACCAGAGUGUUUUACCUUAUCGCCGACACCCCAGCAGAAAGAGAGUCGUGGAUCGGUCAAAUUGGCCGCCAAAUGA